ACAAAGAAUCUAUUUCAGUUUCUAGUUCUGAAAUAGCUAGCAGCAAACAGCAAAAAGCAUCCAGUAGACCUUUUAAUCCUGUUUGGGAACAUUUCAAUCAGAUAGAAAAAAAAAAGAGUGGGCAUUAUUCAGCUAGUUGCAAAUAUUGUCCAGAAAAGUGGCAGCGUGCAAACACAGCAACUCUUAAAUUUCAUAUUGCACAUAAUUGCCCUAAUGCUCCACUAGAAGCUCAACUUUUUUAUUUUAAGGAAUUGACUAAAGAUGAUGAGAAUCAAAAUGCAAAUAAGAAACGAACAAUUGAUUCAAAAAAUAAAGGAAAUAUCCUUAAAUUUGUUGAAAAUCAAGAACUACCUUCAAAAAGACAAGAUCAUUUAGAAGAUGGCAUGUGUUGUGCAUUUGUUUGUGCGGGUAUUUCAUUUAACAUUACUGAAAAUGAAAUAUUUCGUGCGUGGCUUCAGGACCUUAGACCAGCAACAUUAGUUGCACAAUUUUUUAGAUCAUGUCAUAUUGCUAAUUCGGCACUUGAAAAGGAAAUUCAAAUAAAUAAUAUUGAAGGUGGAGGCAUUAAACGAUAUGUAGCUACUCGUUGGUCAAGCUAUUAUGAUACGCUUUAUUCAAUACUACGUUUAAAAGUAGCAUUUAUUCGAGUAAAAGAAAUUUCUUAUAUUGAUCGUGAACUUACUUUAGAAGAUGUAUUAAUCGUAGCAAAUGAAAUUGAAGAAUUAGAUGCCGAUAAUUAUGAAGAAGAUUAUGUUGAAGAUAGUGAAGUAGAAUUUGAAUCACUUGAUGAGAUUCUGAGUUUGGAAGAGAAGUUUGAUUUAAAUCAUGAAAUUUUUGGAGGAAAUAGUGAAAGCAAUAAUGUUAGUUUGAGAUCGAGUUCUGAGAAUAUAGUUGAAGAACCAAAUUAUAAUUACGAUGUAAAUAAUUUAGUUGAUGAAAUUUUUACUUGA